CCUGUGGGCCUGGCCCGUGAGAGGUGGAAUUUGAAUGCGGCUGGUCUGCCCUCGUCAGUCAUACACACUAUUCAAAGUACAAGAGCUUCAUCUACCCGCACACUUUAUGGUAAUAAGUGGCGUAUUUUUGAAGGAUGGUGUGAGCGGAGAGUGGUUAUCCCUUUUCAGUGCUCUGUUAAGGAUAUUUUAUGCUUUCUCCAGGAUCUGUUGGAUAAAGUGUACCUGACUGCUAUUUCAGCCUGCCAUAUAGGUUUUGGUGAAAAAUUGGCAGGUCAGCACCCUUUAAUAAGUCGUUUUAUGAAGGGGGCGCGCCGCAUACGGCCAGUAUCUAAGCAGAUGGUCCCAUUAUGGGAUCUACCUAUCGUCUUAGAAGCAUUAUCUCAACAUCCGUUCGAGCCGAUAGAAGCGGUGGGUCUUAAGUAUCUUUCUCUUAAAACAGCACUGCUUCUGGCUUUAGUGACAGCUAAGCGUGUAAGUGAUUUACAUGCUUUGUCCGUUAGCCCGUCUUGUUUGCAAUUUGCUCCGGGGCUUACUAAAGUUUCUUUUUGUCCUAACCCUGCUUUCGUGCCUAAGGUUAUGGAAUCGGCAUAUAGAUGCCCGGCUACGGAAUUGGCAGCUUUUCAUCCUCCCCCGUUUUCUUCCCCGGAGGAUCGGAAGCUUAAUGCGUUAUGCCCGGUGCGCGCUCUUCAGGUGUAUGUGGAGAGGACAGCGGGUUUCAGAACAUGUGACCAGCUGUUUGUGUCUUGGGCUACUCCUCACAUAGGAAAGUCGUUGUCUCGACAGCGGUUAUCUCAUAUGAUUGUGGAAGCGAUAUCUGUCGCAAAUAGUAGCAGAGCUCAUUCCACAAGGGGUAUGGCUACAUCAUGGGCUUUAUUCAGAGGGGUCUCUGUUCAGGACAUUUGCUCUGCGACGAGUUGGGCAACACCGCAUACGUUUGUGCGAUUCUAUAGGCUGGACGUUUCGGAGCCGUUUUAG